CCCAUCCCUAAUAGACAUUUCAUAACCAAUCCGCCGGGCACCACUUCAUUCAACGAAAACAUUGUCAAAUCCUAACUAAAAUGAGGCUAACAAAGACCUUAUGUGCCCAGCACAUCGGCUGGCACUUUAAGAAGCACUGGUUGGUCCAGGGAAAACGAGUUCCCAAGGAAACUGGUGCUGUGGCCGAGCUCCUGAAAUUGGGAGUUCAGGUAAAGAAUCCAGAGGAUCUAUUAAACGGCAAAGUUGAGAGAAAAAUUGUGGACAUUGUUGGCACCCGUGUGAACACAAUUCCCGAGGACAGCAGCCACCCUGACUGGCAUUCCACCGUUUGCCACUCCUAUUCCGACAACAACGUGCUAAUUGGAGGACUGCCACAGGCCCAGGUCCUGACCAACUGCAUCGAGAUUCAAACCUUUCCCAAGCAGAUCGAGGAUGUCAUUGCCAGCCAGCAGUUGCCCAAUUCCAUAGACAAGAGUAUUCGGCAUGCUAUUUUGGCAUCCCACGUGCUCGAUGCGGAGCAAGUGAAACUGCCCAAGGUCAGGCUUCCAGAGCGCCCGGCCUUUAAUCUGCCCCGUUCCUAUGGAAUUUCCCAUGAAAGGGUCAAUCGCCUGCUGGUAAACAAACUCCUGCAUGAGACCGAAAAACUGGCUGGUCGUUCAGUCUCUAUUCGUAGAAAGCUUAUAGACAAUGCCACUUUCAAGACCUCGAUCAAUAAGGACGGUGAUCUUCUUGGGUUUUCCAUCAAUGCUGAAAAAGUCAUUUUCGCUAACCGUGCCAUCGAAGCUGUCAAGGGAAAAUUUGAGGGUGAUUUGCCCGAUCUUUACCCAAUGAAGACUACAAUUUCGAUUCCAAAGCAUCAUAUUUACCAAACGGACAAUUUCUAUCCCCUGCGCACGGAUAUCAGCUGCUCCCAUCCACACACUAUUUUCACGGUCUUUAACAAGAACCUGGUUAAAAACGCGCAUGGAUCCGGAGUCACAACUUCUCAGCUUCAGGCAAGGACAUUGAUCAAAGCUUUCGUUGUGGCUGCGGCAAGAGCUAGGCAAUUGCACGGAGAUUCCGUGGAGGGUGCUCUCCCCAAACCAAUUGUCGUGCAGAGUGUCCAGACCGACGGACGCACAUUUCACUUUGGAGUGCUGCAGCUGAACACACUUGAUCUUAGCGCCAAUAACCCCUCCAAGAACUAUUGGUUCCACAGGCAGAACUACGAUCUAUUUUCCGAAUGCAGCUACGAAGCUGGAAGAACACAUUUGACAAAUUACAACGGCGAUGUCUUCCGCAUAUUUAAUGCAUUUUAUAACAACUAGUAAAAUAUAAAUGAAACUAAUGGUCUUGAGGAGCCUUACAUCUUGAAAAAACUUUUUUACCUAAUAUGGGACUGAGAAUAUUGAUUGAUAAAAACCCAUUUAAAAUUAUUUCAAAAAUAAAAGCCAGAAAUAGCUGAAGCAACA